UCUCUUUUCUUUUCUUUCUCCUCUUUUCCCAGCCCAACCCAAGCCAAUCUUCAUAUAUCUACAUAAUAAUAUUCCCCAUCAUGCCCUUCGGUCCUAACACUCCUGGCACGCUCAUCAUCCUCGCUGGCUCGGUCUUGCUGGUACUCUCGACUAUCUCCAACCCAAUCAUCAAAUCAUUCUACUUCCUAUCAAUCGAACUCUCCAGUAAACUGGCGGGCAUACCACUCGAUGGGAACAUCAAACUCGGCACAUUCGGUUACUGUCUCACCCUCGGCACUCAACUGGCUUGUAUCAAACCAAAAUUAGGCUAUGACCUCCAACUCGAUACCCUCGGAAUCCCUCUACCCUCUCAGCUCGACCUCAGCGCUCUCAAAACAGUCAUCUCAGCACUCACCUAUGCACUCAUCCUACAUCCCAUCGCUGCCGGUCUCGCACUACUCUCCGCAAUCUUCGGUAUCAUCUCCCACAUUCGUGAAUACUCCCGUUCGUGUUGGACAUCCUGUUUCUCCUCGCUCGCCGCAACCGCCGCCCUCCUCGCCUUCGUCCUCGAUAUCGUCGCUUUCAGUCUUGCCAAGAAUAGACUCAAUGCGAUCUCGGAUCCUAAUGUCUCUAUCAACGCCCAACUUGGUAAUGCGAUCUGGAUCACCCUGGCAGGCUGGCUCUGUCUGACCCUCUCUGGCUUCUUCUUCUGUGCCGGUCGAUGUCUCUUUGCCAGGCGACAUCGAAAGCAAGCUCAGGCCGACCAACUCCGACCUAUACCUGAUCAGGAUUUCACCCAACGGAUGAGGAUCGAUGCUCACGAGGCAGAAAAAGCUCGUGAGAAGGCAUUCACGCCCAAGGACCAGUCGAACCUACCAGCCUUCGCAGAAUAUACCGACCAGCAUCACAACAAUCAGGAGAAUAUCCCAUUGAAUCGCUUCAAUCCUCACGACGAGCAAGUCUACAACGAUCAAUUCCAUCAGCAGCAACACUCCACCCGUUCUCCUGAUUCAUAUCCCUCAGAGACAGUUAGUGGGGUCGGGACGGGCUACCUUCAGCCGCCACAUCAGCCGCUUGCUCAUCACCUCUCGGUUUCCAGUCGGCCUAGCAUUUAUUCUGAUACGGGAGCUGCACCUCCCCAUCAACUAGUCGAUACUUUCUUCCCACCCUUACCACCCAUGCCACCUCAGCACAUGGGAGCGCCUACGAAUGAUAUGUAUCAUAACUUGCCACCUCAUGUUUCGCCCGCAUCACACACGAUGAAUUCGCCCCACCGAACUCCCUCUACUUUGACAAAUCGUCGUCUACCUCAAUCUCUCAUCCCUGCCGGUGGUAUGGCCUCCCCACCAGGCUCUUACUCUUCUCAUCCCAACGGCAUGCCGCCAGUUGGGGUGUACCAGUCAUCUCGAAGUAACUCUUACACUUCUCCUCCUCCCUCGUCAUCGUCCCAGGCAACCAAACCAACCAUGGCUUAUCCGUCCUACGAACGGGCACAUCAAAGACAAACACAGGAUUCAUUCACCGAUCCUGCCCAGCAAUAUUUGGGAGGGCAUCGAGGACAGCCAUCUGACUAUUUGCCUAGCCCACACCUUACACAUCCAGCCAACUUGGAUAGUGACAGUCAUCGCCCGCCUCCUCAACCCGCUUCACACGCUUACCAUGAAUCAUCCCAAACACAUGAGCCGUACAAUAUUCCUAAUCUUUCUGAGGAGCCCGGUGAACUGCAAGAGUCGAAUGCGCAAUACCCCACUAACCAGAAUCAACAUUUGAAUCGCUCUGGCCAUCAAUUCGACAACCGAAGCACGGUCUAUUCCCAAGCGACUACGAUGCCGGUAUAUCCUCAUGGAGCACAGUCAUAUCCCCAUCAUAUGAUCAGUUCGCCGCUAGAAGACGUCGACGAACAAUCCAUGUAUGGUGGCACGGAUCUCACAGCACCCUUGGCCAUCAAACCAAAACAGUCAAAACCAAACCACUCGAAUCUCACCAACACCGUGUCCCAGCCUUACUCGUUACCACCUCUCUCGUUCUCUCCUCCCCCCACACAUCGAGAUCUUCCUCCCCAGUCUGAAAAUUCGCCUUCGGCUGUAUACCCUUCCUAUGACCGUAACCCUAACCUCCGAUCACACGCUUAAAAGACAAUUAAGUCGCUUUAUCUAUAUUUAGUCUAUGUUAUCAUCUUUGCCAUGAAGGCACACAGAGUUUACCAUUCUUUCUGACCUUGUAUCGUUUCGAAAUUGUAGUCUUUUGCUUGGCUCGUAUCUUUGCACUCCAACAUUAUCUAUGAUCAGUUUCAUUUUCUUCUGUUUCAAAAGAUUUGUUUUUUGGGUUGCUCUGUUCCAAUCAUCAUCAUUUUUUUUUUCAUGAUGGUGGUUAACAAGUUGAUUUGGUUUCAUAGUUUCCAGAUUUGUCAUAAUCAAUGUCAAGUAAUUGUUUUGUCUCAAAGCUGUUUAUCUUUAUUCAACAACAAUCAAUAUACACAGUUUUCUUCCCCCUUCACCCUUCAUUGUAUCUCCGUGUUGUUUGCAUUUGUCAUUAGACCUUCCUGUCCACUUUCAGAGAUUGUGUAAAUCCAAUUAUAAGAUCUUGUUUUAAACUAUCAUCUACUUGUCUUGAACUUGAAAAAAUAGUUUAUAUAGCAGGUUAUUCAUCAUUCUUCUGGUUCUGGAUAUAUGUUUUGUGAAUAAUUAGACUAUUGAUUCCAGGAUUCCUUUGCCAAUAUCUGACAUACUUGUUUUUAUGAUGAUGAUCUUCAUUUGUUUUUCUUUGCAUUGAUGUGGCAUAUGUGCCAUUGUUCUGCACCAGGUUGCCAGUCA